CUCCAUCAAUGCAAAUGCCAAUCAGAGGUAAUUCAUUAACUCCAAGUCCAACACCAAGUCCUACUAGACGAACAUUUACAAGUCGUAGAAGUAUGAGUCCUAUUACAAUUAGACCUAGUGUUUUAGCAACAACAUUGAAAAGAAAAUUGGGUGAAGGUGAUGUUGAAAUGAGUCCAUCAAAGAGAUAUGCUACAGUUGAUAAUAUUCCAUUUUCGUCACAUCCGCAUAGUUCAUCAGAUAGCAGUAUAGAAGAUCCCAGUCCACUAACACUAACAGUGCCAUCAGGAGCAGUUUCAACUAUAACAACCUCAACAUCAACGACAACAACAAACUCAACAUCAUGUUUUAAUAUAUUUAAACCAGUAACUUCACAAAACAGUUGAUAUUAUCAAUUUAUUAGCAUUAUAUUGUAUAGAAUAGAUGUAUAGUUAGAAUAGAG